ACUCCUGACCUCAAGUGAUCCACCUGCCUCAGUCUCCCAAAGUACUGGGAUUAUAGGCAUGAGCCACUGUGCCUGGGUGAGACUUUGCUUUUAAAGAGAUUGUGUCAGAUAACAGCCUUCCUAUAAAAGGGAUUAGAGAAGCCAGACACAAAAGGUCACAUAUUGUAUGAUUCCAUUUAUAUAAAAUAUCUGGAAUAGGUAAAUCCAUCCAGACAGAAAGCAGACUGGUGGUUCCAGAGGCUAAGGGUGGGGCGGGAUAUGGAGUAACUGCUUGAUGGGUGUAGGCUUUCCUUUUGGGAAUAUGAAAGUAUUUUGGAACUACAUAGAGGUGGUAGCACAACAUUCUGAAUGUAUUGAUGAAUUGUUCACUUUAAAAUGGCGAAUUUUAUGUUAUGUGGGUUUCACCUGAAAAAAUUUUUAUUGGUUUCUUGAACACAAAAAGGAGUUGUAAACUAACUCAAGUAGUGCUAAGAUCUGUAAGAUAUUCUAGUCUGCAAAAAAAACCCCCUAGAAAUCCAGAAUCUUCUUUUGGGAAAAGGAGGGUUUCAUACUGCUCUAGUGUGGUACUCCUAGAAGUAGUAGAAGGAACUCAUGUCCUGAUAUUCAGCUCAGGAAAACCUCUAAGUGGGGCUGGCCCCUUUAAGACUCAGAGACUGUAAUCUGGUAGUUAAGGAGUCAUAAUCACAAGUUUCUUGGGUAAUUCUCCUUAGAAAUGUAGUUCUUACCUUCCAGGAUCAGAAGUACUGAGGAGCAGAGCCAAUCUUCUCUGUUUGGUGAUAGAUAUAUAUAGAUGGGUUUAUAUGACUUUGAGUUUAGUUUAUAAAAUCUAGAUGUCCCUGUCCUAGACAGGGGACAGUGAUAUUUAGUUUGGGUUCUUUUCUACCCUGUGGAGAACAGAGUUCAGUGAAAGGGAAGCAUUUCUUUGAAAUGUGGUUCUAUGUGUUCAGUCCUAUUUCCAAAACGCAGGAGGGAAUGGAAGGGAGAACGUCCUGGCUCAAGAAUACCUGUAAAACUCAAUUGCUGUUGUAAAUUCAUCUGCCAAAAAUAGUGCCUGUAACCCGUGUGGAGAAACAACACUUUGGGUUUCUGUACAGAUUUUUCAUGAGUCCAGGAUUCAUGGGAAGCCAGUGAUUAGGAAUCCUCAAACACUCACACUCUAGAGUGUGAAUUCAAGAGAGGUGAAUUCCAAGUUCAGAAUUUGGGAGUAGAGAGUUGCUGAAGCCCACCAGUGUGAGUGCUUGUGACCUGGGCACACAUACCAUCAUACACACACCUCCUACAUAGACCCUUCUUCUACCAGGACAGGGAGCCAAACUGAUUAGUAUCUAUCACUGCAGGAAAUAGUGGCUUGGAAAUGGAUAUGCUCCAGGACCUUGAGUCCCUGCAGUUUGAGUAUGGGGUUCCAGAGGAAGAUCGUAUCUGGCUGUAUUUGCAGGGCCGUUCUCGGGGACUGAUGAUAGAAGCUUGUGCCCAUGCAACCUUCUUCUGCAAACUAUUAUAUAAUUUGAGAGCAUCAUUAAAUGAGAAUCAAAGUUCCAGACAUCUCUCAAUUGACUCCCUUAAUGCAGCCACUCCUGAAGAGUUUAAGGUGGGCAUCAUUGGAGGUGGCCACCUUGGGAAGCAGCUGGCUGGCACACUGCUGCAGCUCGUCCCCGUCCCUGCUGAAAGCCUGCGGAUCUCCACUCGGAGGCCAGAGGCUCUGGGUGAGCUCCAGAAGCUGGGAAUCAAAUGCUUUUACCAUAACGCUGAUCUGGUGAGUUGGGCCGACGUGAUAUUCCUCUGCUGCUUGCCAUCUCAGCUGCCUAAUAUCUGCGUAGAAAUUCACACCAGCCUUGAGAAGACCAGCAUUGUGUACAGCUUUGUAGCUGCCGUCCCACUACCCAGGCUGAAACUACUGUUGAACCACACCAAUAUCUUGCGGCCUCAGUAUCAGUAUGGUGAAGAUUCUGUCAGCAUCUGGGGGGCCAAUAAGAAAGUCAUAGCUGCUCUCCAAGAUCCUACGAUUCUUCAAGCUACCUGUCCCUACAGUCCUGCUGGGGGAAUAAUCCUCAAGAUCAAGUGGUUGGAGGGAGUGUUUUAUGCGGCCCUAAACAUAUGCACAGCAAGAAACAUGGCCCACUCCCAAGUGCUGCAGCUUCUGAGUGAACUCUUUCUCUCUGUGCACUUUGAAGACUGUGGGAAAGACACAGCAUCUUGCCCAAAGUUUCAAAUAACAGAUUUUGUCAGCAAAGCCUAUGGCAAGAACUUGUCUCAGGAAAGGCCUUUCCCCUGGUUUGAUCUGACUGCUGUGCAACUCAAGGAAACUCCGUUUAGCCAGCAUCUCUCAAGCAGUCCUGUUCUCCAAGACCACCUUACCCAUCUGUACUGUGCUUCAUUUGGCAUCUCUCUAACCAAAGAACAGCCAGUCGUUUCCACAAGCUCUCCAUCCCAAUAAGAGAACUCGGGAAUCAGGAUUUUUUCCCACUCACAGAUUUUCCCUACAAUAUCAUGCCCUGAUUAUCACAAUUGACUGUGGGAGUCUUGUGACUGUAUUGUGUUUGCCACAUGAUAGACAUCAGGAAUUAGAAAACUGUACUGAUGAGGAAAACGUAGAAUAAAACAAGUGGUCCUAUCCAUCAAUAUGUAUCUGGCUUUCAGAAGCAACUAGUAAAACUACACAACCUAACUUAAGUAAGCUGCUCCUGCAGAAAAGCCUUAUUAAUACAAAUUAUUUCUCUUCUAAAAUUCAAGAAGUUAUAAUGUUAUAAGUUUUAGACAAUUACAUACUGCAGCUUCUUUUCCAAUAAAUCAAAUUUCAAUCCAUUUGCCAGCAGUAGGUAGCUGGAAAAAGAUAGUUUGAUUUUCUCACAAUUUUGGAUAGGGAAGUGAAGGUAUGGUAAACCAUCUUAAUUGAAUUAUGGCUUCUCUCAUGCUUAUUUUGACUAUAUAUGACUAUUCUGGUACUAUCUUAUUUACAGCUGUUCCCAUUUAAAUCAUUUAAAAAACUGGUAUUUAAUGGCUAAAAC